AUGAACAUGGGCUUUCUGCAGAGUCGUGGCCAACCUCUACAGCAUGAUCAGCAAGAACAAAUUUCUUCGGAGGAGAACUGCGUCGGUGGUGAUCAGCAUGAGAAUGAGGAUCCUGAGUUGAGUGGUGAACAGCGUUUUUUGGCAGAGGGUAAUGACCCACCUCCACAGCAUGAUCAGCAGGAACGAGCCUCUUCUGAGGAGCCUGGCCUUGGUGAUGCUCAGCAUGCACUUUCUCAGUCGCCUGGGGAGCGUAGCAUUGGUGAUCAUCAAUGCGAAGAGCUUGAGUUGACUGAUGCAGAGCGACCUUCUGCAGAUGUUAGUGACCAAUCUCAACAGCAUGAUCAGCAGGAACAAGUCUCGCCUAAUGAGCGCGGCCUUGGUGAUGCUCAGCAUGAAGGUUCAGAAUUGCUUGAUGCUCCGCCAGGUAUGGGUGAUGCAGAUAAUCAAAAUGAUGCUGAGUUGACUGAUGAACAGGGACCUUCCAGCUCCAGCUCCUCACGGUCAUCGUCGGAAGUGGAAGCGGAAUCCGAAGAUGAAUGCCCCUUGCACGACCGUGUUGACAAUUACAGAAGUGCGGCCAAAGAUGAUCGCAGACAAGUCUACAUGUGGACCUAUGCCCGAGCACCAGAGAUGAGCCGAGAAGAUGUUGCAACCGUCAUUACGAAUGCCUAUGCUGCAGCAGGUGUGCAGAUUCUCCACUACCCGGUGUUUCGUGAGCAUCACCCGACCUCCCGGUCUGAGCUAGAGCGGCAGUUCCAUUUCCAUAUCAUCGUAGAGAGCGAUGAGAGACACCGAUGGCGAGCAAUUGCGCGGGUUCUUCGAAGCCAAGACCGCCCCAUGCACUGCUCGGCGGCCGGCUCCGGCCGUUCGGUCUACUGGGGUGCAUUUGCUUAUUGUUAUGUGCCCAGUGCCAAGAAGCCUCGGGAACACUUAGCGGAUGGUGGCGACGAUCGGUGGUUGAGCGUGGCCUAUGGGACGCAGGCGAAAAGACUGCAGGAACAGAUUGCUGCUGUUUGGGCUGUCGAAACCGCAGGCAGAAGAUUGGAGGACCGAGAUGCAUCUCAUUUUGACAUCCUUUCUCAAGGUCUGCGCCACACUUGCUCUUGCAACGGCCGCGCCAUUCCUGGAUGGAACUUUUUGCUGGAGCACAACGGCAUUGCCAUUGCGGACUACCGGGACUCCAUUGUGCGCUUGUUCCAGUCUGGUGGAGGAAAAGGAAUGAAUCAUUUCUACUAUGGUGCUCCUUCGUCUGGGAAAACCGCAUUGACGCGGCCAAUCCUAGCUCUUUUCAAGCAAUAUGUCAUGUUGAAGCCGCAAGUGGCAACAUCCUUCCCAUUGCACACCCUCAUCGGAAAGAAGGCCUUGGUUUGGAACGAUUUCCGGUUCCCACAUCCGCCACUGUCCUGGGGUGACCUCCUGAAUAUUUUGGAUUGCAAGCCAUUUCUGAUUGGCGUGCCCAAGGGAGGAGAAGGAGCCCAAGACUACAUGUGGAAUGUGAACCACAGUGAAAAUGUGAUCGUGUUCAUGACGUCGCAGCAUCCAAUCCAGGGACCGACCCAUUUGGACACAAUGGCCUGGGACAGCAGAUUUGGCUCCAUGCUUCAUUUUCCGCACACUUUACCCAAUCCAGACCCUGCUUUCAAGAAGAUUUUCAGUUGCACAAAAUGUUAUGCAUCGUGGAUCCUGCAGAGAGACCAAGAGGUGCGGGUGAGAAGUCGCAGCAGAUGA